GCUCAAGUUGUAAGGAUCCAUUUCUUGUACCAACAUCGCGCACUUUUUGUCGGUCACUGCAGUCUUAGUGUAUGGCCCACCGCUACCACGAGAUCCGAGACCCGUAGUGUACUUAAAUUGCCAAAGAAGAACGAAAAAAUUUUGUUCGUUUCUUGACCCAGAUCCGCAGCAAAAAUCUUUGAUGAUCCCUCGACAGCAGUCGCAUUUUUGUGGCCCACUGUCAGUGUGAAAGCUACGACUUUGUCUUCACCCUUGUUGUGCAUCGCGAUUUGCUCCAUUAGCAGUGCUUCGCAGAAUUGGUUUUGCCUCGCACCGAUUCACUUUAUUUCUCUUCCUUGAGUACAUAAAAGCUAGUUUGUAAGUAUUCCAAGAGUGCUAGUGCUUCGCCCUACUCGGCGUGGUUUCUAUCCAGUCAAAGUCAAACCAGGAAAAAUGACGGCUCGGACAACCGUUUCCGUUUCUCCUCCUCGCGAAACCAAAGCGAACGAAGUUCGCGCUGCAGGAGAGAAAGCAACGCCCUUUCCGGCGGGUGGACCUCAUGCUGUGGAAGAAAAAACCACCGUACUUGAGCCGAAAGUUUACGAAUUGACACUACCUACAACUGCGUCCGCUUUCAGCAAGAAAAAAUCCGGUGCGAGCUGCAACGACAGCACCAGCAGACCGUACCAAGCCAUCCUCCGCGUGUCCAACGUUGGCGCACGGUAUAACCUGCUCAGGUGUUACAAUCUCAACCGUUGAAAUAGAGUCUGAGACUUGUUUUGCACGAUGAGCAUGACAGACUCGCAGAGCGUUCCACUUUCUGCAAUACAAAUCUCGCCGGAUUGUAGUGGGGUUUGGGGCUCCCGCUGCGGAACUUGUCAUGCGCAUUUUAUGAGAGUUGGCUAGAUCAUGCGCUCUUGCAUUCUAUUCGUAACGUUUGAAAUUGUAACACCUGAGCGAGUUAUACACGGAUUCUGGACCUUCUAGUGGAAGACAGAAACGGCGACCUGGUGGACGUGGCGGUGGGGCACGAAGAUUUUUUGGAAAUAUCAAAUGCAAAUACGUCUGGGUCCUCUGGAAGAGGGCAAACUUCUCAUGCAAAUUUUCCAUGCCCCAUGAGGUUUGGAAUGCAGGACCUAGCAUGACAGGUUCAUCUGCGACAUCAUCUCUAUCAUGCCUAUCCUGCAUGACAAACUGCCUCUAAACUUGUACAAAAGAGGACAGCUUUUGCUAGUCCUGCAACACAAAUUUAUGUACGGUCCAGACUUAGCAUGACAAGUUCGCGCCAUCCCAGACCCAGACAUGGUUGCAAUGCAUAGGAAAAGGCGAAGAACCAUUUCAGAAGGACUCAGAACCCUCGUACCACGAGAACCGCAGAAGGAGCCACGGCUGGUGGUGCUAGUAGUGGCUCUUCUACAACUUCUACCUCUAAUUUCGACCUCCACUCCGACUACCAAAUGCAAAAAUGUCUGGGUCUGGAACUUGUCAUGCUGUUUUUGAUUCGAGAAAAAUUUGUAUUGCGUGACCAGCAAGGGGGUCCAGUUUGUGCUACGCAGACAGGGCAUUUCUCAUGCGGAAGGUGCAUCAGGAAGCCCUCUAAAAGUCUCUGAUGCUAGGUCAUACAUUACAGGCACCAUGGGCCAUGAGAAAUAUGCAUGACAAAUCUUGCAUCCUUCCAGACCCAGACAUAUUUGCAAUCCAUACCGAUUACUUUGGCGCAACGUGCGGCCGCGUCGCGAACCGCAUUUUUGAAGGGAAAUACCUUGAUGUAUUGAAAGGAAAAAUCCCCCCUCACCAUACCGAAAAGGUACACUCUUGGGAAAUUUGUGAUGCUGAUUUGUGGUCACAAAUCGUGUCUGUCUUGCAAGAAGGCAACUCCAGAGACAACCGCCACACUGUGCAGACGAUUUGUCAUGCUGUUGGGCCUGCAGCGCGGACGUUUUUCAUGCUAAGCGCCUAAGCCCGAACCCUUCUACUCGCCCUUGGUAUGGGCCUGCAGUGCUCUCCAGCAAGACAGCGCGGAUUUGUGUACACAAAUUCAAUUGAGCAUCAGAAGUCUCGUUUUGAUUUGGGGAGGGGGGGCGUUUCUUUUGGAUAUGAUGACAGUAUGGAUUGUCACCGGCCGGAGGUGGUGGAACUGACGAAGAACGAGGAGCGGGUAGACGAGCGAGCAACAGGGAACGACGAGAGGAUGAAAAACCGCCCGCAUUACUAUUUCGGGCACCUGCACGGGGGAAAGCGUGGCUUUCACGCCGUGGUUUGGGAAGAAGUGGUGGACGAUCACGAUUCGCCGGAAACUCAAGAACAGAAUGGUCCGUCCUCGUGCCGGACAAAAAUUACCUUCAAGCGUCUGAGCGAGGACGGCGAGGAAGGGUACCCUGUGCAAAAGUAUCGUACUCGUAUUGCAAUCAUGCAUUUUACAAAUCGUUUUGUUAAGGCAAAUCCGCAUUAUUCUCAUGCUGAGGAACUUUGUAUUGCAUUUCUACGAGUGCGAUACAUUUGCAAGUCAUCAAGGGUACCCGGGGGCGGUGUUGUGCUUCGUGACCUACGAGUUGGCGGCGGUUACUCAUGGAAAGGCCGAUGCAGAAGCUUGUCUGAGCGAGAUCGAGAAGGAUAAAAAGAGCCAGCAAGAAGAAGAAACAACGAGUAGCGUGGUCAGCGUCUCCAUCUCCUACCAUGCGGAGCUUGUGAACGACGGUAGAAGAGUAUCAACAUCUGCUGGCUCAGUGAAUUAUAAGCGGAGAAAGAACAACAAGGAAAUCAACCUAAAAACCCCGAUCAACCUGACUAACCACAUCUUCUUCAACUUGUCCAAAAGCCACGACGAAAGUGUGCUGGGUCACGAACUGCAGCUGUCGGCGGAUACUUACUAUCAAGUGCAAAAAUGUCUGCGUCUGGAAAAGUGUAAACUUGUCAUGCAGAUUUUUUAUGAUCCAUGAGGUCUGGAAUGCAGGACCUAGCGUGACAGACUCCGCGAGGUCUAUGCCUAUCCUGCAUGAGAAAACUCCAUCCUAACUUGGUCAAACGUGGACAGCUUUUGGUACUCAUGCAACACAAAUUUUUACAUGAUUCAGAUUUACCAUGACAAGUUGCCACCUUCCAGACCCAGACACUUCUGCAUUUGAUACUUACCUCCCUGUGAAUCCGGUCUCCCUCGUGCCGACCGGUAUCAAGUACAAAUAUGUCUGGGUCUGGAAGAUCAUUGCGAGGUUUGUCAUGCUAGUCUGGUGGCAUAACUCGGGAGUCUGUGAAGAUGCAUAGACACGAAAAGAUCCUCUUACCUGCCAUGCGAAAAGAACGCAGUUUGCCAUGCGGAAGACGAAACACAUUAGCAGCUCAAAAAACUUGUCAUGCGCGGCGGCGUAUCUGCCUAUAGUUGAUUUUUAGCAUAAUUACAUCCUUCCACACCCUCCAGACAUAUUUGCAAUGCAUAGCCGGGGAGAGAAAACCAGUUGCCGGCACGGACUUUGACUUUCGUAAAUUGCGGAAAAUCGAGAAGCCAGGCCUGUACGACCACUGUUUUUGCUUGAACAUGAGAAAUGUGGCCGCUGUCGCUGGGUCCACUCUUGCACAUGCGGACGGACAAGCGCCUGUGCCUCUUUCUGGUCCAGUUGCAGCCACUACUUCAAGAAUCUCAGUUACUCCGAAAAUAGAUACCCACACCGCGCAAGAUGAACAAGCCCCUCGUGGAGCAGCUGAUCCACCACCAAGUGCGGUUUUGAAAAACGGGAAAAGUGGGAUAGAGUUGCAAGUUUUCACGGACCAGGAAGGGUUGCAGGUGUACACGGGAAAUUUUCUGCAAGAUUUCCGCGGGAAGAAGAACCAAAUCAGCCAGCCGGGGUGUGCGGUGUGCUUGGAAUGCCAGCGCUUUCCGAACUCUGUGAACCUGUUUCGUGAAAUAUCCUGAGCAAAAACGUCCCCACACCAGAGUCAAGAUGGGAAAUCCGCUACACAAAUCAACUAGCUUUGGUUGUUUCACAUGACAAGUUUGCCCGCGCAGUGUAAUCCUGUUGAGCUAGUGCAGCAGCGUCACAGAUCUAGCGCAUGACGCUGAUUGGAGCAUGACAAGUUCCAAAACGCGACUAGAAAAUGCUUGCCAUGGGACUCCGCAUGAGCAAUAUCUUCAGCAUGCAGAAUUGCAUGACAGCUCUGGGGUGGGGACUUUUUUACUCAGAAUAUGAAAAUUUCGAAUGCGAAGAUCCGUUCCUGAAGGUGGGCGAAAAAUUAUUACACUGCACAACUCCCCCUCCCCCUCAUUUGUUAUGCAAAAUACCAGAUCCAGGCUGUGCCUCUUGGCACUACUUGCAUGGCAAACUCCGGAAGCCCGAACAGUACUACACUCCUGGGCAAAUUUGUCAUGCAAAACCGGCAUUCUUGCUGAAGCUUGUAGUGCCGUUCAUGCUAUACAAAUGAGGGGGAGGGGGAGUUGUGCACUGUGAUAAAAGUACGAAAAGAGAAUUGAGUUCCGCUUUUCGACGUUUUGAUGCGAAGGAGAUGAACUAGUUGUCUAUCGCUACACAAAGACGCCAAAAAGUGAAGUAAAAGUAGCCUUGUUUUGGCGUUUUGAAGAAAAUGAAUGCUACGCACUCCGAAGAAUAAUGUGUGAUUUGACGUUCAAAUUCAACGUACUCCGCAUUUGUUUUUCAUCCCGCUUCGUGUUGAAGCCAAGUAUUCAAAGCACUUCUUUUCAACGGCUGUUGCUGUUCCGCCACGUGUGGCACGACCAGCAAGGCGAAACCAUGAAAGUGUUUUGUUGUGAGCUGUCGAUCUCGAUGAGUGAUGUUGCAUAAUGUUUUUUUUUGCACACGGAGGUCUAUCUUUG